UCGAGGCGGGGAAGGAGCUGCGCACGCGCGUGAGGAUCCACAACGACUACUCCAAGGAUGUCGUUAUCACGAUAAAGCCGGGCACGGUGCGCAAGUACGAGGUGAAGGAUGGCACCAAGAUCGUCGUGCCCGAGGGCUCCUCCUUCCUUCUCACUGUGUCGUGCUUGCCGCUGUCGUCCAUGCCCUUCUGGCCCGAUGCCUUCGUGCUGGCAUGCCACAUGCCCGCUGACAAGUUCACCCGCCGCCUCACGCUGCACACGCCCAUGUCAGCACUGCGUGCUGUGUGCCAGAUGAAGCUGCCUGUGCUCUUCACAGACGAAGUCACCAAGGGGGUGGCAGAGGAGCAGCACGCGCAAGCCCAGGCGCAGAAGCAGAAACAGAAGGAGAAGGAGAAGGAGAAGGAGAAGCAGCAGCAGCAGAAGCAGGCGCAGGCAACAGCACUGAAAACCGUGAAGGAAGGAGAGGAGGGCGGGAAGGAAGAAGGCGAAGGGACGGGAUCGCAGGGGGGGAAGGGAUGGAAGGGAGGGAAGGUGAGAUUUGCGGCAGAGGCAUCUCCCAAAGGGGGCCUAUCGCGUGUGUGGAAGAGCAGCACAGCAAAGAAAGAGGAGGAAGAGGAGGCGAGGAGGAAGGAGGAGGAGAGGAGGAGGGAGGAGGAGAGGAGGAGGAGGGAAGAGGAGGAGAAGCGGUUGAUGGAGAGGGUGGAGAGGAGGGAGGAGUUGAGUGGGCAGUCUAUGGACCGCCUUCUGUCCUCCAUUGCUGGAAAGGACAAGAGCCACGUCUAUGUGCAACCUCAUGGGCCGAAUUUGAUCAAAACAGCUAUGUCCGUCCGUGUAGCUUCCCUAAGAACCUCAUGGGCCGAAUCUCGACCUCUUAUUGCUCCCCUCACCUCGAUCCCCUCUCACCUCCCUCCCCUCCCCCCCUCUCCCUCCCUCUCGCCUCCCCCUCUCCUUCCCUCUCCCCUCUCCUUCUCCCACCCGCUCUCCUUCCCUCUCCCCUCCCCCUCUCCCUCCCAUGACAUCUCGGGUGGACUUGCGACCUCCUGGUCUCCUCCUCACCUUGCUCCCCGCCCGGCCCCACCCCUUGCAGCUGUGGGAGCUGUUCCUCAACACGUCACGGGUGGACUUCUGACCCCUAAGUGCCCCCCUCCACCUUGCUGCACCGUUCUCCACUCCCCCCCUCUCCCCCUCCUCCCCUCGCAGCUGUGGGAGCUGUUUCUCAAGAUGUCGCGGCUGUGGGAGCUGUUUCUCAAGACGUCAAGGGCGGAUUUCAAGCUGCUGCAGCACCGCCUGGAGGCCGCGCUGCUGGAGGUGCAGGCCGUCAAGUCGCAACUGGUGCGUCCCUGCUGCUCCCUGCUCUUACAUCAUGGAUCUGCCAGCCCUCACCGUCUCCUUCUCAAGCCUCUCCAACUGCUCUUGCUUCCUGACUCGACUCAUGAGUCUGUUCCUUACCGCCUUUUGAGGCGCCUCAACGACUCGACUCAUGAGUCUGUUCCUUACCGCCUUUUGAGGCGCCUCAACGACUCGACUCAUGAGUCUAUUAUCGAUCUGCCACCGUCUCCUUCUCAAGCCUCUCCGACUCCUCUCACUCCCCUCGCCUACCAAGCCCUCACCGUCUCCUUCUCAAGCCUCUCCGACUCCUCGCUCCCCUCGCCCACCAAAGCCUCCUCCGCACCCUCCCGAGACACCAGCUUCGCACCCCCACCGCACUCCACCGCCCCCUACUCCCGCUCCUUCUCCAACAACCAGCUGAACCCCCACGGCACCAGCAGCAGCCCGGAACACACCAACCUGCGCCCGCCCUUCACCCCAAAACCCACCACGUCUGAAUCCGCACUGCUCCCAGUUUCCAUCUCCUCGCUCUCCGCCCAGCCGUCCUCUCUGGCCUCCUCCUCCAGCAGCCUGCAGCUGGGGGGGAUUGGGAGCGGCGGGGGGACGGGGCAGCUGGGGGCGUCGUCGCGGGUGCUGAGCAAGUGGGGCACGGGGGGGGAGAGUGCGGUGGAGAAGGAGCUGCAGCGCAAGGAGAUGAUGAGGAGGGCGUUGAUAGAGGAGAACAACGAGCUCAAGGAUAGGCUGGAGGAGAAGGAGAAGCGGGAGAGGCAGGCGCUUCGCAAGGCGGAUGUCAUGAAACAGGACGCGGUGAGUGGGGCGGGGCGGGCGGGUGAGGACACGACGAGGAGCCAGCUGCAGGCGAUGCAGCAGCGGCUGGAGGAGGAGGAGGCACAACGGCAGACGCUGGUGAGAGAGCUGCAGGCGCUCAGAGCCCAGGUGCUGAGCGGAGGACAGCAGCCGCAGCAGGUGCAGCAGCAGCAACAGGGGGUUGCGGAUGAGGAGAAGCAGGAGAAGCAGCAGCAGGGGGAAGAGCGUCAGCAGCAGCAGCAGUGGGAGAGUGAGGAGCAAGCAGGGGAGUCGCAGGGGGAGACGGAGCAUGAGCAUGAGCGUGCGCAUGCAGACAAGCAAGGUGAGGAGGGUUUGCAGGCUAGUGUUCAGAGUAGUGAGAGGGCGAGUAGUGAGAGAGAAGAGGAGAGGGCGAAGAGUAAGGAAAAGAAGGAGAAGAAGGAAAAGAAGAGUAAGGAGGAGAAAAAAGAGAAGAAGAAAUCCAAGGAGAAGAAAGCAAAGGAGGGUUCAAAAGAAGGAGUGACUGACAGGGAGGAGGAAACGCAGCAGCAGAAGGAGGCGCAGCCGCAGCAGCAGCAGCAGCAGCAGCAGCAAGAGCAGCAAACGCCAGAACAGCAAGAGCAGCAAGAGCCUGAUUUCAUGUCCAGGGGUCGUGGUAAGCUGGUCAUUCCAUUCGACGACGACGAUGACGAUGUGUAG